CCGUUUUUAGGGAAAGUUCUUAAGAAGUUUGACCAGCCAGUAAGCGAUUUCCUUAGAUUUGCAAUGACCAAAAACUCAGCAGACUUGUGUGCCUACUUGAAACGUGAGAACCCGAGCUGUUGUGUUCUCCACAAUGCGAACAUUUCUUACAUUAAUUCAUUGGAGGAUUCAUCUCAAACGAGAAUAUUCCUCUGCAACGAGGAGAUAUCUUCUGAAAAUGUGCUUAGCCCAAGAGCUGUGCCAACAACUGUCGAGGAGCGAAUAGAGAACUUGGACCUAACUGGAUCCCCCCUCAAAGAUGAAUGUGAUGUCGAUAUGAUCGACGAUAUCGACGGCCUGGACCUUACAGAAGGAACUCCCUGGUCCGAAGCAGAGGAAUCCUACAGGGGAGUGCCUGUGAGCAAAUGUCGUAAGGUUCUAAAUGACCCAAGUGUGCAGGCUCAUCGAGGUUGCCCCGACACUUCCCUGUGGAUUCUCUGCGAUGCUGCCGACACAGACAAGACUGUUCUUCAAAUGUUCGAGUUAAGCGAAAAAUACAAUAGUCGCGGAAUAGUCGUUUAUCGUGGCAUCGUACCUGCAGCUGGAAUCGACGUACAGAGCCUGGCAAAACAGCAUUUAAGGAAGAUCUACGGUCGUUCCCAGUUCGACACUAAAAUCGACUCAUUUUUCUUAAUUCGCGCUGGGAUGAUCCUAAAAUUAACAUCAACAACCAGUUCACCUACCCCUAUCUUAGACGAUUUCCGCAAUAGCGAAACGUUGCUGUACCAAACAGUGCGCCUGGCUGACGUUGAAUCAAAUACUUCAGAACUCUAUUGGCAGCUAAUUCUGCUGGCGGUUAUAAUGGAGGACAUUAUUCACUACAAAGAGCAAGCGGACGACAGCAAGGAGCCAAAAUUCGGUUGCGGAAAUGGGAUCACGUUGAAUGAGCUACGAGAGCAGGUGUCGCAAGUCCUCACGGAUUUGUCGGCCUUUGAUAGCAGCGAUUUGGUGGAUAACACUUGUGAGCUGGAAGCUGUUGUGAAGAGGGCUAAGAACAGGAACAAUAUUGAUGUCACGGACAAAUUGUGGGAAAUAUUGAAGAAUUGUGGCUCAUAUAAAGACUUGAAAGCAGGAUUUAACAUUGUCUUCCAGUGUGCAGCCAAGUGUAACAUUGUGAAUCCACCGACAAACAACAAUCGUCUUGCAGAAAUCAUACGUGAAGUGUCGGAACGUCGCUUGGCUAUUCCAUGCCUAACUGGCUCAGAACCUCUUGAAUUGCUUCUUGAAAUUGGAUUAGAAAAACUCACAAAAGACUAUGAGUAUAUUUUCAGCGAAAGCAAAAUAUGUAGCGUAGAUGACUUAGGAAUCAACAAAAGUCCUAGCAAAGAAACGGGGGUCAAUGUUAUAGCUGGCGGUGAUACUCCUCUGAGAGUUCGUAAAUCCUUACAUGGCGCUAUGCAAGCCGCAGCAAUAGUACCGAUUAAUACUCAACAACGAAUGACACUACUGCAUACAAACAGCUUAACAAAUGAUGAAGAGAGCGAUCUUAUUGGUUUCCAAAAUAGCAAAUUCAGCAGAAAAGAAAUUGAAUACAAAAUAUCACGAUUGGCACAUGUUCAUUUAGCCCUGGAGCAUCUUUUACAGAUUCAAGUCCAUUUGAAUUUGGAAAAUGUCGAUGAUCGCCUAUAUAAGCAGCUCCUGAAUCGUCCAAUGCAGGCAUUCGAUACUUUCAGAAAUGCUCGUAGUGAUCGGAUAGAAAUUCCAAUCGAAACAGACAGUAUUGUUGCUAAAUUGGCAAGUAAAGAUCCUCACGCUCGUCGUAUCGUCAUGACUUCAAAAAAUACCUUUAAGGAAGUCCAAACAACGUAUUACUAUAAUAUAGAGAAUAUAUUCCCACCAGCAACAUUUAAAGGCAUUGAUCAGGAUGGUAGUACUCAAAAAGGAAACUACAUAUCAUUCUUGGGAGUAUUCGAAAUUUAUGACGCGGCGAAGUUAGUUUCGUUCAUGGAAUUUCAUUAUUGUUCUGCUUGUUUAUUUUACAAAUUCAGAUAUAUUGUACUUUUGUUUUGAAUUAUAAAUUAUUU